CUGAUGACCAAAUCGCUAAGAGAUCACUUUAAUCGAUGCCUUUUUACUGCGCACGAUAAGUCCGACAGUACUUAACUACGCUUGCGGAACCACCGGGCGGUGUAUCCCCGGCGGUAAGCUGUUCGCUCGCUUUCGGAUCAUCGGAGCCGACCCACAGCCCAUGCCGAAGCCGACUCCGAUGCUAGCUAAAUAGUGAGCCAAGUGGCCAAGACAUUCCAAGGCAUCGAUCUGUCGACCAUUGGCGAUUGCUCACUUCAGUUCGACGCAAUGGUUCUGCCCAUCGAUAAUCCGACCAAAUCAUAUUGGAUCGAGGCUGCCGGGUCUCGUCUCCGAAACUUUCGGUCCACGGAUGAGUUGCCGAAAGAGGUAGACGUGGUGAUUGUAGGAAGUGGCUACACGGGUGCAACGACGGCAUACUGGCUUCACAAAUACACGGAAAAGAAUGGCCAACAACCCAAAGUGCUCAUGCUGGAGGCGCGGGACAUUUGUGGAGGUGCCACAGGUCGGAAUGGUGGACAACUAAGGCCACAUGCCUAUUCUCGCUACCCCCUCUGGUCCGGUCGAUUCGGACCCGAUGGAGCCCUCGCACUGAUCAAGCAUGAAAUGGCUCACUUGCCCGCCUUCAAGGAACUGCUAGAUGUGGAAGUCAUCGCCGAGGAGGUGUGCUUCAAGCUGGGCGAGACGUUCGACGCGGCUAUGUCGGACGAAGCCUGGAUCCGGCUUAAGGGCGCUUACGAGGCUUUCAAGAAGGAUCAUGGUCAGGAUGGUGAGGUGAUUAGAGAUUGCAGACUUAUUGACGAUCCCGAGGCGGCGGAGGAGUUCACGCAGAUGAAGGGGUGUAUAGGGGCGGUGGUGCAUCCUUCGGGUCAAAUAUGGCCGUACAAGUUUGUACACGCUAUGCUCCGCAUUGUCAUGGAAUCCGGGAACCUCAACCUCCAGGCCAACACACCAGCUACGAGUGUUUCCAAAAGAGAUGCUACUGGAUGGAUCACAGUCCAAACACCAAGAGGCGAAGUUCGCACGAAGACAGUUAUGCACGCAACAAACCGAUGGGCCUCACAUCUCCUACCUAGUUUCAGCAACCUUAUCUUUGCUGGGCGAGCAACACUAGCAGCCAUUAGAGCGCCGGAGGGCUUUAUCAAGAACACGGGUGCGCAGCACUGGGACAGCUUGGUCAACAAUUACAAUCUUCAACUUCCUCCACCUUACAACACUAUCAUGGUCGGCGGCGCUAAACAAGUCCUCGUCCAUAAUCCGCGUGGCUACCUCAACAAUGACGAGGAAGACAAACAGUUUAAUGGAGUCCCCAAGUUCUACAUGUCGUGGCCUGCGUCUGAUAUCGUGGGAUGGCAAGGCGGAGAUCCCGCUGAGCUAGGGAAACCUGUUGAUGAAGGGGGUGUCUGGACUGGAAUCAUGUCGUCGAGUGUAGACGCGUUUCCCUUCGUAGGAGCUGUGCCUGACCAUGACUGUCACUUUAUUGCCGCGGGAUACACGGGCCAUGGUAAGCGUUUCGUCAAGUCCAAAGACGGUUUGAAAAAAGACACUGAUAAUGUCGAAGGCAUGCCUCGAGUUCUUCUUUCUAGCGCCCACAUUGCACCCCUUAUUCUGGACUCCUUGGGUCUCGAAUACACCGCGCCUGCUCUUGUUGCAUCGUACCCUCCGCUUCCUGAGCCGUUCCACGUCACCAAGGAGCGAGUGGAAAGUCUACAAAAGUUGGAUGCCGCAGCGUUGCUCGAGGCGUCUGUCAAGCUUAGUCUGGAGAGUGCCGAGAAGCCAUUCUGCAACGAUGCGCGCGUAAGAGGUGUUAUGUGACAAGUGUGUUUUUCGGGGGUAUCCGUCGACUUUAUUUGAUAAUCGUAGGUGAGCAUGUUCCCUUGGUCUGACGGUUAUAUACACACUGAGAAUUUUGACAUAAUCUCUAUUGGUAUCCGGGACCAGUAUUGUCCGGUAAAGCGCGCCCGAAGAGGCAUAGUUUAUAUAAAAUUUGCCAUUCCGCACGGGCUAUGGCUAAAUAAUAUGCUGUAGUCAUAGAGUUGGAUAAAUGGGUAGCAUCAACGAGACCCUGAUUCUUGGUGACCCACAGUUCUACCAGGGUCGAUCGGAGCCGGGCCGUAUAUGUACAUCAAUCCGUUUAUCUUAGAUACAACAUAACUAUCCUU